AUGAGCGAUAGCGAGUCAGUGCAAAUGAUCCGCGAGAUAUCUAGUAACUCUUCAUUAUCAAUAGAAGCAGCUUCCGCCCUUUCAACUCGCCUUGAAAACCUACCACUCGCCAUCGCUCAGGCUUCAGCGUAUAUGCAAGAUACCUCUAUGAGCAUUGACCGCUAUCUUCGGAUCUUGAACAAAGGCGAUGCUGCUGAAUCUGAGCUGUUGAGUAAGAACUUCGAAGCCGUUGAUCGGGAUGCUGGCAUUUCACGAGCUGUAAUGGCUACCUGGACAGUGUCUUUCGAAGAACUGACGAUGAGAAACUCUCUCGCGGCUGGAAUUUUAUCACUGUUGGCUUUCUUUAAUUGCCAAGCAAUACAGAGACAGUUCCUAACUGUCUAUAUGUACUUGGAAGAAUCCUCACCAGAGGCGAGAAACCAGACAGAGGACAAAAGCAACGGGUCCCAACCGACGGAAGAUUGCACCAGCCGACUCGAAGAGGACUGCGAAUCCGCGGAUGCAAAUGUGGUUUUCUCUGGACGAGAUUGUCAUUCGCAAGAAGAUAACUACAAUUCCAAGGAUGAACAUAUGGACGAAAACUAUUAUCAAAAUGAAGCGAAUUCGAUUCGUCUGGAGCAAGCUCUUGGUGCUCUCAAGGCGUUUUCGUUUCUCAGAGAGAGCAAAAAUGAGAAAUUAGAUAUGCAUCGCCUUGUACAGCUGGCCACUACUGCAUGGCUAAUGCGAAAGGGCUUGGCAAAGAGUUUCGUCGGGAAAGCACUGACAACCAUGGCCAGGUUCUGCGAAAGCGAUUAUGGACGCAGGACAUUAUCCUACAAGGACUUUCCUCACUUUCAAGCUGUACUAUCAGCUAAUGCGGAGGAUUCCACCGAAAACAACUCUUCGACCUUCUUUAUCAGACACAAUAUGGCGACAAUAUACAGUUCCAUGGGCUACUUGACGCUCGCGCUUGACGUAUCUGAGGCCAUGGUGGAGACACAAGCACACAAUGGGCACGAAGAGCUUUUCUUUGAAGCAAUACAACUCAGAUCAGAUAUUCUCGGAUCCCUCAAUCGCGAACAAGAAGCGAAGCAAGCUCUUGCUGCUUUGAUUGCUAUCCUGCCGCAGGAAAGUAUCAGCAAGUUUUCCACAGUUAGUCUUCUUGCUGAGCUUUAUCUAAAAUCAGAAGAUUACAGGGAAGCAAAAGACCUCCUGGUCAGUGCCAUUGCAGAACUCAAGGAAGAUGAUGCUCAGUCCUUGGGAGAGAAGGCAUUCCUGAAGGUUCAAUUGAGCAUGGCAAUUGCGAACAUGGACUGCGCGUCGGAAGCACGAGAGACAUUCUCGGAGGCAUCGAAGCUGGUGGAUAAAUUGCCUGGAUGCAGCAAACCCUCCGGUAUGGCGUUUAACAACAAUCUGGCAAGGAUGUUUAUCUCGCAAGGAAAAUUCAAGGAGGCAGAGAGACUUUGUCGCCAGUUUCUACCCAAAAACCUAGCCAACGUCGAGGCUUCUAAUACCACCAUUGAGAUAUUGGGCACGUUGGCGGAUGCCAUGGGCAAACAAGAUCGUUUUUCAGAAGCUAUCGAUGUCCAGCGCCGAGCCUUGCAUUGCAUCAAGCAAGUCUGCGAGCCAGGAAACGAAAUGGAAGCCGAAGCAUUUGAGAAUUUGGGCAUUCUGCAAUACGUUCGAGGCUUGCUUGACGAUGCAGAAGAGAGUAUGGCCCAUGUGUCUCGGUUGUAUGAAGACCUAUAUGGUGACGCUGGGAAUCAUAUACUUCGAUGCAUGGGAUAUCUGGGACUCAUCAAGCACCGUCAAUGCAAAUGGGAAGAAGCACAGAGUAUCAUGGAGAAGGGUUUUCUGCGUAGUGUCAUGGUGUUUGGUCCGGAGCAUGAGAUGACACUUGGUUUCAUGAGAUCUCUGAGUUCUUUCACGGUAGACUCAUCAGAGUCAGACAUAGUGAGCAGUGAGUCUGAGGAUGAAAUCUGCUUGAGUACUGUAGUCUUCAAGCCCAAGGAACCUUUUUUGAUGUUCUGGAACAAAGAACCCUUUCAACAGAUGUAA